AUGAAGGAAUGGACGUCAUAGAUGGAAAUUUCUUAAGAAAAAGAUUCAGCAAGGGCUGCAUCAGAAAGACUGCAAAGACAGAUCUCCCAGGAAUGUGAGUUAGUUGAAACCAGUGAUCCUAAGGACAAAGUAUUGAGGCACUGGGCAAGUCCCUUAAAGGAUGCAGUGAAACAUCUCUCUUCCCAAGUGAGAGGUAUCAGGGAAAUGAGUCUUAUCCCCAAGAAAGCCAUUGCAGGAGAGAAAGACCAUGGAUGUAAUGAAGGAGAAAAAAUACUUUCUGCUGGAGAAAGAUCACAUAGAUAUGAGGUCUGUGGCCAAUGCUUCAAGCAGAAGUCAGGAUUAACUGAACAUAAGCAAAUUGAUAAUAUAAAGAAGAUUUAUGAAUGUACGGAAUGUGAAAAAACCUUCAACAGGAGCUCAAACCUGAUGUUACAUCAGAGAAUUCACACAGGAAAGAAACCAUAUGUAUGUAAUGAAUGUGGAAAAGACUUUAAUCAAAGUUCAAAUCUUAUUAUACAUCAGAGAAUUCAUACAGGAAAGAAGCCUUAUAUAUGUCAUGAAUGUGGAAAAGACUUCAAUCAGAGCUCUAAUCUGGUUAGCAAGUGAAUUCAUAGUGAUGAGAAUCCCUAUCAGUGUAAAGAUUGUGGGAAGGCCUUUAAGGGAAGCUCAAACCUUGUCCUACACCAGAGAAUCCACAGUGAAGGGAAGCCAUACUUAUGCAAUAAAUGUGGAAAGACCUUUAAUCAAAGCUCAGAUCUUAUUAUACAUCACAGAAUUCACACUGGAGAGAAACCCUAUGAGUGUUAUGACUGUGGACAAAUGUUCAGUCAAAGUUCACACCUUGUCACACAUCAGAGAAUUCAUACGGGAGAGAAACCCUUCAAGUAUAGUGAAUGUGAAAAGGCCUUCAGGCAGCGUUCUUGCCUUACUGAACACCUGAGACUCCACAGUGGAGAGAAACCCUAUGAAUGUCACGAAUGUGGGAAAUCCUUUAGUGGGCGCACAGCUUUUCUUAAACAUCAGAGACUACAUACUGAAAAGAAACUUAAAUUUGAAAAAGCAUACACUUCUGACUUGAACUUUAUCAAACAGAAAAUUCAUAGAGAAGAAAAACCUUACGAAUGUACUGGGUGUGGAAAAGCUUUCCGGGGAAGUUCAGAUCUAAUUAGGCAUUGGAUAAUUCAUACUGGAGAGAAACCCUAUGAAUGUAGUGAAUGUGGGAAAGCAUUUAGUCAGAAGUCGCACCUUGUUUCACAUCAGAAAAUUCAUACCAGAGAGAAGCCCUACCAGUGCAAUGAAUGUGGGAAAGCCUUCAGGCAGCGUUCCCUCCUUAUUCAACAUAGGAGAAUACAUAGUGGUGAGAAGCCCUAUGAAUGUAACGAAUGUGGGAAACUCUUCAUUUGGCACACAGCUUUUCUCAAACAUCAGAGACUGUGUACUGGAGAUAAACUUGAAUGUCAGAAAACCUUCAGCAAGGAUCAGGAGCUUAGAGAAGAGCAGAGAAUUCACCAAGAAGAGAAAGCUUAUUGGUGUAAUCGGUGUGGUAGAACUUUCCAAGGCAGCUCAGACUUCAUCAGACAUCAGGUAAUUCAUACAGGAGAGAAAACAUAUGAAUGUAAAAAUGGGAAAACAUUCCAUCAGAGCUCAGACCUUCCAAGACAUCAUAGAAUUCAUAGUGGAGAAAAACCUUAUGCAUGCAAUAAAUGUGGGGAAUCUUUUAGGGGCAGCUCAGAUCUUAUUAAACACCAUCGUGUUCACACUGGAGAGAAACCAUAUGAAUGUGAAUGUGGGAAGGGCUUUAGUCAGAACUCACACCUUAUUAGUCAUCAAAGGAUUCACACCAGAGAGAGACACUUUGAGUGUAGCAACUGUGGGAAGGCCUUCAGUGGCCACAUAGCUUUUCUUAAACACCAGAAACGUCACACUGGAAAGGAAUGUAAAGAAUGUGAGAGUCUUCAAACCAGACUCACUUUAAUAGGCAACAGAAACCUUAUGUAUGUAGUAAAAGUAGGAAAAGCCUGAUGGGGACCACGUCUUAAAGCACUACAGAGGAUUUUUUUGGUUGGAAAAUCCAUUUGGAAGUAGGAAAACAGAAAAGCUCUACUGGGUGAAAAGCAUAUAAGUGUAAUCAAGUGGAAAAACUAAAAGCUCUUGGAUAUAAUCGCCUUUUUUUCUGCCUCAGAGUUCACACUGGAGUAUGUGGUCCCAAGGAUAUAAAAACUUGAGAAUGUUUUAGGGGAUUUCUACCAUUAUUAAAAAUCAUUAGAACUCACAUUGGUAGCAACCCA